AUGGCUCACUUUCUGCCAGUUUUACUCCUCUAUAUCUCAGGAGAGGAAUCUUGUAAAACAUUGCUUUUUCAUUGCAGUGAAGAUGAUCCGCAGUGGCUUCUGGAUGAAGGUCAAGAGUCAAAACAAAAUGAAGCUGAGAAUGUGAACCAUCAGUCAGACACAACAGAAGGUCAGUCAGACACAACAGGUCAGUUGGUCACACAGAACCAACAGUCGGCUGACAAACUUGCGGCUAAACAGCACAGGCAACUACCCUCAGACAGCCCGCUUUCAGAAUCAUUGGUGAACGAUGUUAAGGAUGACGACAAGAUGACAGACACUGAAGACGAGGAGGAAGCAGAUGACACUCUGGCAGAGGAGGUAUCUGAUGACGAUACAGAAAGAAGCUUGUCACCUUCACAAACAAAGUGGAAUUUAUCUACGGUGGACCCCCGGUUAUCAGCCAACUCGGUUAUCGGCCGGUUUUUCGGCGCCUGGUUAUCGGCCAUUUGGGAGGCGUCCAUCCGCCGGCAGGGGCCGCUUGCGAGUCAGUUUGGCUUUGUCUCUGGGCGAGUGAGGAAGCUUCUGCUCAUUCAUCCAAUCAUUUUGCUAUAAUCCAUUGCUUUUUGUGGUUAUUGAUUGAGUACAACUGCAGAAUAAGCAACCAUGGGCCCAAAGAAACACGUUACAUAGUAUAUAAAAACAUGCAAUGUUUAUAUGCUAUGUAUAUUUAAUAAUAAUCACUUGUACAUUAAAUGUCAUUUUUUAGAUUAAUAUAGACAUUUUCAUUAAUCCAUCUAUUAUAUCUUCUUCAAAAUUACAUAAGAAACACAUUACAUAGCAUAUAAACAUGUAAUGUUUAUUAUAUGCAAUGUAUAUUUAAUAAUCACUCUUUGCCACAUUAAAUGUCUUAUUUUACGUUAAUAUAGGCAUUUUCAUUAAUCCAUCUAUGAUAUUUUCUUCAAAAUUAUAUAAGAAACACGUUACAUAUCAUGUAGCAUAUAAACAUCCAAUGUUUAUAUGGAGAGUGGGAUGGAGAGUAAACAUUACAUUUUCUCUGAUGCAGCAUUAGAGAAAACUGAAUCUGGCGACUGGUGCAGUAACCGCCCUUCACAUGCGUUUGUUUACAACUCUUGGCAUGAAUUAUUCAUUACUUCUCCCUUUGUUUAUGAUGGCAUCUAAAGGUAGUUGUUAGAAACGAUUAAACUCAGUGAACAUGGUAAUAAUAUGGCUGUGUAGUGUAAUAAUAUGGCUGUGUAGUGUAAUAAUAUGGCUGUGUAUGUGAAAAUUUGUGUGGACUGCCUCCAAGUGAGUCGCCUAC